UCUUACGGUUGGUGAAAUGAAAAAAAAUAAAAGAAAAAUUGAAGACAUGCCAUAAUUGCAAUUGCCCGGCAACUAACAAUUUGUUUUACACUCAUUUCCGCUUCUUUUCACUUCCCGCCGGAGUAUACGCCAUUUCUUCUCCGAUCACACGCUUUCUUCAGGGAAUCGCUGCAAGCUUAGUCUAUGGUUGAAUUGAAUCAGGAUAUCGGUGGCGUCUGGUUUUCAUCCCCUCAAAACUGAACCUGAACAGUUUAUCCCUAAUUGUUUAGGAGAAAAAGAAGGAUUCAAGAAAAAUUUGUUUGUAUCAGCGUUCGAAAGUGAGUGGCAGCAAUUUGGCAUUUAUUUCGCUUCGGGAGAAGUACUGCACUGUAAGAGGUGAAAAUGCUGACAUGCAUAGCUCGUUCUAAGAAACUCGGAGAUGCCUCCUUGAGUCAAAUUGAAGAACCAGACUCCGACAAUGGACUUGAAAACAAGCAACAAUCUGUCAAAUCUCUGACAGGUCAGCUCAGAGACAUGGCGUUAAAAGCGUCGGGGUCGUAUCGAACUUGCAACCCUUGCGCAGGGCCGAUACCGCAGAGUCGACUGAAGAAUUGCAGCUCACAGUCGGAUGCGGACUCAGAGCGGUUCAAAUGGGCUUAUAAGCGAAGCGGUAGCUUGAGCUCGACGAAAACGAGGACAUGGGGGAAGGAAAUGGAAGCGAGACUGAAGGGGAUUUCAAGCGGAGAAGGAACCCCCAAUUCACUGAGUGGGCGGCGAGUUGACCCAGUUGUGUACGUUGAGGAGAGCGAACCAAAGGAGUGGGUGGCCCAGGUGGAACCCGGCGUGUUAAUCACUUUCGUUUCGCUUCCUCGCGGAGGGAAUGAUCUGAAACGGAUACGUUUCAGUCGAGACGUAUUCAAUAAAUGGCAAGCUCAGAGAUGGUGGGCCGAGAACUAUGAUAGAGUUAUGGAACUAUACAAUGUUCAGAGGUUCAACCGGCAAGCUUUUCCUCUUCCAACCCCCCCGAGAUCUGAGGAUGAGAGCUCAAAAAUUGAAUCUGUGGAGAACAGCCCUGUAACGCCUCCUUUAACUACAGAACGCUUGCCCCGCAAUCUCUACCGCCCCAUUGGAGCAGGUGUGAGCUAUUCAUCCUCAGAUUCACUUGAAUAUCAGCCAAUGCAGUAUCGCCAGUACCAAGAUUCAGGUCUGACCUCCACUCCUAAACUCUCUAGCAUCAGUGGUGCAAAGACAGAAACAUCUUCCAUUGAUGCAUCCAUGAGAAGCAGUUCAUCAAGGGAUGCAGAUCGUUCAGGAGAACUAUCCAUCAGCAAUGCUAGUGACCUUGAGUCUGAAUGGGUCGAACAGGAUGAGCCAGGUGUUUAUAUUACAAUCAGAGCUUUGCCUGGCGGCAAAAGGGAACUCAGAAGAGUCAGAUUCAGCCGGGAAAAAUUUGGGGAGAUGCAUGCUAGAUUGUGGUGGGAAGAAAAUCGAGCCAGGAUACAUGAGCAAUACUUGUGAGAGAGACGGUGCAAGAAAGUUGGCAUUGGGCGCUUUUCUAAAGUCUGAAAGAAGUGGUACUUUUUCAAAAUUUAUGAUCAUUGCCAUACUAAGUAAAAAGUAUCCCUUGUAGAGAUCUUUCCGGUGCUUUUAGUGUUGGCACCCUAUGAUGUUUGGGGGUAUACAUAUACAUGCGAAACCAAGUCGUGUGUAGGCUUCACAAUACGUGGAUGUUAGAUUAUUAUUUUUUAAUAACUUUUUUUUUUGUUGCCUUACAUUUUGGUUGAAGAGGCAUUGCCUAUGUAUCGUAGUAUGGUGGGUGUAAAACUUAAAUUCCUCAUGUGUCAAUAUCAAUGGAAGAGAUUAAGAUGUGCAGGCUUCUUCCUUAUCUCAAUUCAAGAAGUGUAGAGAACACGUGUUAUUUCUGAGCAAUAGAGAUAUACAUUUAUGGCCAUAAACGAGAACUUCAUUUAUACUAAAGAUGACUACUGAGGAUAGUUUUGAAGUCGCGCCCCUAUUUAGAUUAUUGUAGGACUGGAUCAAAUGGUGUGCAGGAAAAGUCCAAUCCAAGUAAUUGGCUACUGAAUCUUACAAGUUUUAGAAACCUCGAACCUAUUUAUUUGAAUGUUAUAAAAAUUGCCUGCCUAUCUUAUUGAUCUUAAAAAUUGGGAGUGUCUUGAAGAGGCGCAAAAGCAUGGCAUGGUCAAGCCAUUUCGGCAAGAAUUGGGAGUGUCUUGAAGAGGACGAAUUCUGGGUUUCAAAUGGCCAUGGGGAACCCUACUGCUUAGGAAGUUCAGGAAAGGCUCAUAUUCGACCAAGAAUGCUUUGUCACUGCUUUCAAUAAUCAUAGAAUCCACAAUGAUUUGGCAUAUUAGCAAACAAAUCUUGUUUAGGCAUUGAAGACAGAAACUUGGGGAGACAGUUAUAAUUAAGGAUUCUAAAUGAGUAAAAAUAAUAAGAAGAUCAGGCAAAGAUUGGAAGAAAUAAAGCGUUAAGUAUUUUGUGUGGUACAAAAGAAUUGUAGUUAGAACAGAGAAGCAGAAGGUGAAAUUUGUAGAAGACAAAUGUUAGUGGAGAGUGAAGAGUGUUUCUCAACACCCGACAUAGAAGGAUUCUCAGAAAAUGAGAAAGAUUUUAUUGCUUAAAAUUGCUCCUAUAUCAUCAUAUGCCGUUGCCAUUCCCUUUGGGGUUGCAUGUAAUGAGUAAUGGAAAGCUGUAGACAGGCUAACUUACCCUUUGUCUUGGGUGUAGGGUGCAUUUUUGGUCACCUCAUUUAAGUUUCUAAUAAUAAUAGUAGUAAUAAAA